AGCGGCUCUUUGAACAGCUGCUCUUCUUCUUCGCUCCUGAUUCUGGCAGACCCCUCCAGGAUGUGUGAUGUGGACACGUCCUCAGAGCCCACCAGUCCCACGCUGUCCACCGAGUCCUCAGACCAGUGCUACCAUGUGGACCGCUGGCAGAAGCUCCGCACAGCUGUGCGCAAACUGGAGUUCUGGGAAAACUUCAGUGCUGAACCAAUUGGGAGCGGAUUCUUCUCCAGAGUCUAUAAGGUGACCCACAGCGGGACGAGGAAGGUGAUGGUGGUGAAGAUCUACAAAAACGAUGUAGACCAAGACAGCAUCGUGAGAGAGAUCAGCCUCCUGCAGAAGCUCUCACACCCAAAUGUUGUCAGAUAUCUGGGCAUCUGUGUGAAAGAAGACAAGCUGUACCCGAUCUUAGAGGUCCGUCGCUCUCCUCCGUCAUCGUCUUUAUUUGCUGAUGGAACAACGUUCCCCUCAGAUCCAAAGAUGCAUUUUGAACGAAGGAGAAGAUGGAGGGAGGGACCAACAAACGGCUGAUCGUUACCAUGAAGACACGGAGGCUGGGAUCUGCAAGGAUCUCAGAAAAAAAAGAUAGAAAUAAGUUUAAUAAUUAGGGGUUGAUCUAUAAAGAUUCC